AUGACUGGUCACGUCGACUGGUAUUUAGCAGCCUCUGAGGAGGCUGGCGAUCUUGAGCGGAAGCUUCGUGAAACUGUCGGCGACCACCUUUUCAAGGCCAGAGUCACCAGCGCCUAUCUUGCCCUUGUCUACGUUCGUGACCAUAUCCCCGACCUAGACCUUACUUCAGUAGUUGCUGCCAGCUUUGGCAGGAUUCAGAGGUCCACAGAGGAGCUCGGCGCUCUCACAGACUCAUUUCUGUACGCAGCUUGCUCCUUCCUUUGGACCGUCCAGUUUGACCCGCUGAGGGUUAUUGAGGCCCUGCGCGUGUCCAACGUAAGUGAGGCCCUGCGGUUCUUGCCCCUGCCGUCAUUCAACCUCAUUGAGCUCAUCGCCAGCUUCAUCGCUAAGGGGCUCGACGUGGAUGACCUCGUCGUCCUCUCCGGCGCACACACCGUCGGUGUGUCCCACUACUUUCCCUUCGUCCUAGACAACCAUCUAAACUCAUCAACAUCCGACAUGAACCCAGCACUAGAUGACUCGCUACGGCGGCAGUGCCUGCCCAGCCCGAACGUGACCAACGACCCCACCGUGGUGCAGGACGUGGUAACGUUGAUCACGCUGGACAACCAGUACUACAAGAACAUACAACAACGACAGACACACACCAUGAACCCCAACUAG